ACCAUGCCAGUGCUACGCCUAGAACACCCAAGAAGUGUUCGCGACAAUAUGGAAGAAAUCAUAUCCAGUCUCAAUGCUCUCCGGACGGUGGGGUUGCUCUCGCGCAAACACCUGCACUUGCAGCGAUCCAGGAUCAAUCGAGAUUGCGACCAUCCUCGCCCUCUAAGAUUGCGAACGUUUCUGUCCGUCGAUCUCACCGUGGGUUCACGUUGCUGCAUUCGCCUGCUCGCGCUGGCCAUUCUCUAUGCAUGAAACAAAUCUUCGAAGAAGCAAAUCGUAGCUAUUACACCCAGGACUACGCGGUCGGUCUAUAUCCGCAACUGCCUAAUAUAAGCAGGGUGGUCUCGCCGCCACCGAGCCACAGCAUAGCCUCUCAAUCAAACACUGCAUAUGCUGCGCGUACUGAUCGGCUAGGAUCCAGUUUCCCCUUACCCACAGUUCCCCUGUCAGCGGUGACACGAAAAGAGCCGCCGCCUUCUGAGUCCUGGACGAAUGAUUCGGGUUACCUGGGUACAGACUCGUGUGCUGGAGCGUCUGUCCUCGAUGACGCGUUCAAGGAGCGAGUUCAUUGUUGGC